GUGCGGAUGCGUCCGCAUGGCAACCGCGAGCUGUGUACAAGAGUCCGAGCGGAGAGGAGCGUUUUUCUUUCUGAAACACUGACACAGAUUCCUACUGUCUGUCCUCUGUCCGUCCCUCUGUCCUCUGUCCGUCCCUCUGACCCACACGCACGCACCUGGACGCGCAGACUGCGGAGCGGCGUGGAUGCGGCUCGUCAUUGGCGCAGACUGACAGCCAGUAAGCUGCCACCGCGGCAGGUCUGUAACCAUGACGGCCGAGGAGACGAUCAACGUCAAGGAGGCCGAGGUGAUCAAGCUGAUGCUGGACUUCCUGAGCUCCAGGAAGCUGCACAUCAGCAUGCUGGCCCUGGAGAAGGAGAGCGGCGUCAUCAACGGACUCUACUCCGACGACAUGCUCUUCCUCAGGCAGCUGAUUCUGGACGGCCAGUGGGAGGAGGUGAUGCAGUUCAUUCAGCCUCUAGAAGGGAUGGACAAGUUUGAGAAGAAAAGGUUCCGCUACAUCAUUCUGAAGCAGAAGUUUCUGGAAGCUCUGUGUGUAAAUAACGCCAUGUCAGCUGUUGAAGAACCACAAAAUCAGAUGGAGUUCACCAUGCAGGAGGCCGUGAAGUGCCUCCACAGUCUGGAGGAGUUCUGCCCGUCCAAGGACGACUACAGCAAGCUGUGUCUUCUCCUCACCCUGCCCCGCCUCACGCACCACGCCGAGUUCAGGGACUGGAACCCGAGCACGGCGCGCGUCCACUGCUUCGAGGAGGCCUGCGUCAUGGUCGCCGAGUUCAUCCCUGCGGACAGGAAGCUGAGCGAGGCCGGCUUCAGGGCGAGCGGCAACCGCCUCUUCCAGCUGCUCAUCAAAGGGAUCCUGUACGAGUGUUGUGUCGAGUUCUGUCAGAGCAAGGCGACUGGUGAGGAAAUCACAGAGAGCGAGGUGCUGCUCGGCGUGGAUCUGCUCUGCGGGAACGGCUGCGAUGAGUUGGAUUUGUCGCUGCUGUCCUGGCUCCAGAACGUCUCUCCGGGCGACUUCUCGUGCGCCUUUCAGCAGAAGACCCUGAAGAUCCACGUGGACCGGCUGAUGAAGCCCAGCAAGGCGGGCCAUGCCGACCUCCUGACUCCGCUGAUCAACCGCCUGUCUCCCUGUCCCGCCUCGCCCUUCCGCCAGAGGCCCCAUUCGGCCGACACCUACAUGUCCAGAUCGCUCAAUCCGGCCCUGGACGGCCUGUCCCACGGUUUGGCGGCGCAGGACAAGAGGAGCAUGGAGGCGAACAUGAAGUCUGCUCUGAGCCGGAGCCUUGUGGAGAAUAACGUGCAUCAGCAGGAUGAUUCACCUGAGAGGAAACAACCACAGAGGCCGGAUGGUCCCAACACCACACGCACACCUCUGACUCCUGGGAAAGAUGGAGAGCCGCCCUGCAGCACAGACACAAAUGAGUGCUGUGACUCCGAGGAGCACAUCCAGGAGUUUUACAGGCAGCACCUCCGUGUACAGCAACAUCUGGAGCAGAAGCAGCAGCAGAGGCAGCUGUAUCAGCAGAUGCUGCUGGAGGGGGGUGUGAAGCCGCAGGACCGAGCCCAGCACAACCUCACCGAGACCUUCCUGAGCAGAUCGAUACAGAAAUUGGAGGAGAUGAACGCGGGGAUUGACCACAAAGGAGAUGAGGUGAUGACACAUCUCGGCCAGCAGUGGAACGGACUGACGGGAAGCGACGGCGCCUCCAGUCCCAGGACCGCCAACGCCCGGCACACGCCAGACACGGGGCUGCCGAGGGACAAGCUCGGUGGUGUAAGCAGCAGCACCCCGUUGAGGACCGGGAGCCACGGCUUGCCCUCCCUCAGCGAGUCUCCAGUUCCUAACAGUCAAAGCGCUGAGAGGAUCCGAGCGCCUUGUCCCACGUCGCAAGAAGAUCCCGGCAGCUCUGCAACACGUAACACACAAGAGGUGGGGAAGUCCAAAGCCCAGUUUGUGAAAGUGAACCAGCUCGAGGACACACAGGCAGUACGCGCCGUGGCCUUCCACCCCUCGGGGGCGCUCUACGCUGUCGGCUCCAACUCAAAAACCCUGCGAGUCUGUGCCUACCCAGAAAGCCUGUCCACCAGCCCUGGUGCCGUAAAGCAGCCGGUUGUGCGCUUCCGGAGGAACAAACACCACAAAGGCUCCAUCUACUGUGUCGCCUGGAGCCACUGUGGACAACUGCUGGCCACCGGCUCCAACGAUAAAUAUGUCAAAGUCCUGCCUUUCAAUGCCGACAGCUGCAACGCCACAGGCCCGGACCUGGAGUUCAGCAUGCACGACGGCACCAUCAGGGACCUGGCCUUCAUGGAGGGCCCCGAGAGCGGAGGAUCCAUUCUGAUGAGCGCCGGAGCUGGAGACUGUAACAUCUACACCACCGACUGUCAGAGAGGACAAGGCCUUCAUGCUCUGAGUGGACACACGGGUCACAUUCUGACUCUGUACACGUGGGGAGGGUGGAUGAUCGCCUCCGGCUCCCAGGACAAGACGGUGCGUUUCUGGGACCUGCGGGUGCCCAGCUGUGUCCGGGUGCUGGGAACAACGCUGCACGGCUCAGGGAGCGCCGUCGCUUCAGUGGCGGUGGAUCCCAGCGGCCGGCUGCUGGCCACUGGUCAGGAGGACAGCACCUGCAUGCUGUACGACAUCAGAGGAGGCCGCAUAGUGCAGACGUAUCGACCCCACGGCAGCGACAUCCGCUCGGUGCGCUUCUCACCUGGAGCCCACCAUCUUCUGACAGGUUCCUAUGACAACAAGAUCAUCAUCAGUGACCUGCAAGGUGACCUGACCAAGCCCCUCCCUCAGACAGUGGCGGGGGAGCACUGUGACAAGGUGAUCCAGUGUCGGUGGCACCCCAACGAUCGCACCUUCAUCUCCUCCUCUGCAGAUCGAACCGUCGUCCUCUGGGCUCCGGGCUCCUGAGGGCCACAGAGACACACUGGUUAACAGCAGCAGGAGGAGGAACGGAGUUCAGCGCAGUGUGGGAUCACUUACUGCUGCACGGUGUGUCUGUGUGUGUUUGUGCACGUACACACGCAAACACAUUGUGAGCAUCAAUCCGUGUAUGUUGCACAGUUUAAAGGUGUGUGUAUGUGUGUGUGUGUGUGUGUGUGUACAUUGCGUGACUGAAAUAAUUUUAAGGUGGAAAAUCCAGUCACUUAAAAAAACUUGUACUUGGAUGUGUGUGUGUGUUUGUGUGUGUGUGCACAUUGUGAGCAUCAAUCUGUAUAUGUUGCAGAGUUUAAAGGUGUGUGUGUGUGUUUUUUGUUACGUGUGUGUGUGUUUGUAUACAUUGUGUGACUGACACAUUUUUAAAUUGGAAAAUUCAGUCCCUAUUAUAAAAUUAAUGUGUGUGAGCGCGUGUGUGUGUGGCAUUCUGCAUAUACAGUGCACAAAUGUACUGUUGCAGUUUCAGUGUAAUUAAAGUUGAAGUAAAGGAGAAGCUAAGUAAAGGAGCUAAUGGUGUUUUUUGUGGGUCCAUGUGAGUUUAAAUGCUUAAAAUAUUCUGUGUGUGUGUGUGCGCGAGCGUGCGUGUGUGUGUGUGUGUGCAUGUUUCUUUGUGUUUUGGGCCUUGUAGAGCAUCCAGAUGAAAUGGCACAGUUGUAGUUAGAUCAGAGAGGUGACUGAUAUGCCUGAAGUGAAAGGCAUGAGUUAGUUCACUGCGAGCACACGUUCAGGUUAGUUUAGUUAUUUCCUCUAAAUGUUAAACCUCAUGUGAAUCAGCCGUCGUCAGAGCUGAAGCGGCGCAGUUCAUGAAGCUGUGACCUGGACUCAUGUCGUGGAAGGAAGCCACGUUUGGUUAUGCAUAUCAUAAUGUGCCUUUUUGUAACAUUUGUAGACUGAUAGAUUUAUUUAUUUAUUUGCAGCUUUAUCCUACUUGCUCAUACGACUUUUUCCAUGUAUAGAAAAUGUGCGCACACGUGUAUAGAUUCCAGUUUUUUCACCACAUCUGUUGUUGAGAGUGAACUAGCACUUUGCACAAAUGCUGGAUGUACAGUUUGUUCAGGUUCGGAAUAACAGCGUUGAACAAAACUAAUUUUAAAUGUGUAUCAGCCCAAACAAUUAUUUCAAACUAAAUUAAUUAAUUGCAACACAAAAAUGUCAGUGUUGGGAAUUCAAUCAGGCUGCACCAAAUUUCACACACUCGUAGUUAUCAGUUCCCAAAAUAUACCUGAUUGUUUUCUUCAUCAAGAUCCAUGACUUAUUCUUUCAGAAAUCACGAAAAUGUCGAAAAAAACACCAUAUCUCACAAAGUUAAACAAACGGAAAAGAUUUUCUUCUUCAAAAUUGAAUGGAUUCCUCUCUCAGCCGUAGCACAUCCUUCCAACAAGUUUCGUGGAAAUCCGCCCAAUCAUUUUUGCGUAAUCCUGCUCACGAACAAACAAACCAAGCAAACAGACAGACAGACAGACAGACAGACAGAGGUGUAAAUGAGAGGAGAUGUUGGGAGACUGAUGUGAGGACAACGGUCAUGAUGCACUUUAAACUAAGAGAUGCUGCUAGACUGCAAAGAGUGAAAUGACAAAUCCAGGCACAUUUGUAUUUACUUUUACAAGUAAGAUUUUAUUUUUAUUCUCACUUUUUACUCACCUACACAGACACCUGAUGCAUGUGAGAGAGAAGACGGCACAGCGGAGAUUUCAAGUCAUGUUAUGCAUCAUAUUUUACAUGAUCUGUGGCUCAAUGGCAAAUUCAGCGUCAUUGUCCAACUGUGUGGUUUUAAGACAAAGUUUGUUGAAGGGGUCACUGGGUGUCAAACUGUUAUAUAAAAUAAAAGUGUUGUUCUUGCUUUUGAAAUUAAAUAAAGUAUUUUUAAGUUACA